GCUGCUAAUUGAAAGACACAAAUAAACAAGAAAACACGGAGCCACAAGACCUGGUCGCGAGAAGACGUCUGGAAUGAAAACCACAAACGCCAUACAAUCGACCCCCAAACAAUCUAUUUAACAUUCUAUUUGGUUCGAAUAGAGUUGACCAUGCUUCUGGUAAUUUUACUGAUGCAUGUCAUAGUGACACUGGUGAGAGGAUCACCAUGGCAACCAAGUGUCACCAUGUGGCAUUUUCUAGCCUCUAAGUCAGGCUGCCCUAACGGACUUGUUGCUGGCGUGGACCGUUUGAACAUCAGAAUCACGGUGAACUCUUCAGAAAAUGAUAGUUGGCACGUGAACAGAGACUUCGGCCUCAUUCGAACCUCGCCCGAUAAGAGUGCUGUGGAGUUGGUGUGCCUUUACACCCUUAACGAAGCCAAUCGAUGCAAGGUGAGUAAAGGUGUCUUCGCAGUACACAGCUGCCAAUGCUUCAAUCAUCUCAGAUUCCAUGGGCAGCUGCUCUUCCUUGCAGAGCUCUCUGUUCAGAAGAAGGACCAGAAGGACGCCUACGCCUUCUUCUGGAAGUUCGCCAACGCCACUACAAGUUCGCCCGUAGAAUACGCCAAUGCAACCAAUACAUAUGCUGGCAAAAGAUGGAAACUGCCGGAGUGGAUUUUCGAUACAGUCAACGAAUGUAAAGUAGCAAAAAGGCGGAUAAAAAGACAAGUCAGUGAAAUGUCUAUCGCUUUCAGGCCUAGAUUAGUUAUGAUGCCAUACACGAGCUCCGAAAUCCGCCCUCAGUAUAAGUGUAUCUAUGGACUGACCAACGGUAUGGGUAAACUUUUCGUCAGGGUGAUGAUCGAGGCUUCCAACGAUUGGCGCAUCUACGCGGAGUAUGGCUUCGUCAGACACAAUAUACAGUAUGUUAAUGAUCUGUCAAAAGCCACUUUGCUGUGUAGUGUAAAGUUUACAUCGCCGACAUCGACGGUGAAAACAGAAGACCGCUCUGGGUGCUGCAGCUGUAGCAUGACAAACGUCGAAGACGGCACCAUGGCAACGCUAGCGAUAAAUGUGAUGAGGUCGUAUCAGCUGUAUCCCAUGUCUUUCUACUGGCAGAAGAACAUCGGUGGCAAAACGUACAAAGUCUUCAGCCCCAAGUAUUUCAUCAGAGAGACAAUCUUUAAUUCAAAAGAUGAAUGCACGCGUUUUGGUGAUUCGCAAAAAGUAAAAUUAGCAGCGUAUGAACCUAAGAAGACCCUGGAAAUGGCUCCCUACAUCAGCCCUCAGACGACCUGUCCUUACGGACUUCUGGCCUUUAUGGACAUCUUAUUAAUACGCGCCUACCUCAACGUUGGGAGCGAUAAAAGCUGGCUGUUGGGCAAAUAUGUCGGAUUUCAACGUCACAUGCCGGACAACACACUGGAAACUGAAUGCACCUUGCGAUUCACGUCAAGCAAUUCCUACAGCAUCAUCGCCUUCGGUCCGAUGGUGCGUACGUGUGAAGCGUUCGUCUUCCCCAACGAAAACAGGGUCGCAUUUUAUCUCAGGACCACGUUAGAAACAGAAUAUUGGCAUGCAUCCUACUCCCUCUACUAUUUCUUACUGGGGCGUACCGAACUAGCGUCAACGGACCGUGUCUACAGUGAGAAACUCUUCGUUCUGGAUGACGUCUUCGAUGAAGAAUCUAAAUGUGCUAAUCCAGACAUCAAGAGAGAUAGGUGUCUAGAGCCAGAGACCGAAUUGCCAUAUGUAAAUUUUCAAUCGGGAGUACCCGCUGGCACAAUCAAAUCUUGUCUAUUCGGCUUAGUAUCAGGCGUUGAUAGUUUUCAACUGGUGACCACGUUUCAACUGAAGAGAUUUGAUUGGCUCCUAUACAAGGAGAUCAGGGUCACGCGAGCAACAAAUACCAGCAGGCCUGUUACUGUAUGCACCGUUACCGUCAACACAGACAACCCCGAUAAUUGCAAGACCGCCAAACUCAUCGUCUCCGAUUGCGUCUGCGGUGUAGAGUUUCAGAACAGCGUUAAAAUCUUAAGGGUCAGCAUAGUCAAGGUCGUAGACAUCACCGACAGGUUUUACAUGUACACCGUCUCUUACUAUAAUAUGGAGUUCGAUAUGGACGUCCUAACGCCCAUACAGAAGAAGGUUGGGACAUGGAACCUCCCGGAUAAUAUCUUCGAUAGUAAAGCUCAAUGUUUGGCCUUUGGAGAAAAAAGUAAAUCCACAUGGUCAGGUUCUACGACAGUAUCCCCUUUUAUCAUUCAACAUAUAGAUCCAGUCAAAGAAUGUAAUAAAGUAGUAAGGCGAAUAAAAAGACAAAUUACUGAAACGUCCAACGCUUUCAGACCUACAAUAGUGAUUAUGCCAUGCACAACCUUCGACAUCCGCCCUCAGUAUAAGUGUGACUAUGGAGUAAUCCAUGGUGUGGGUCGAUAUUCGAUCAGGGUGCUCAUCGAGGCUUCCAACGACUGGCGCAUCAACGCGGAGUAUGGCUUCGUCAGACACAAUAUCAAGUAUGUUAAUGAUCUGUCAAAAGUCAAUUUGUUAUGUAGUGUCAAAUUUGAAUCACCGACAUCUGAGUUGAAAACAGAAGACCCAUCUGCAUGCUGCAGUUGUACAAUGACAAAAGUCACUGGGGGCAUCAUGGCAACACUAUCGAUAAGCGUGAUGAAAAUUUAUCAGUUGUAUCCUCUGUCUUUCUUCUGGCAGAAAAAAAUCGGUGGCAGAAUGUACACAGUCCUAAGUCCUAAGUACUUCUUCCAGGAAACUAUUUACAAUUCAAAAGAAGAAUGCAUGCGUAUUGGAAACGCACAAAAAGCAAAAUUAGCAGCAUAUGAACCUAGGAAGACCCUGGAAAUGGGUCCCUACAUCAGCCCUCAGACGUCUUGUCGUUACGGACUUCUUUCCUUUAUGGACCUCUUAUUAAUACGCGGCUACAUCAACGUUGGGAGUAAUAAAAACUGGCUGCUGGACAAAUAUGUCGGAUUUCAACGACACAUGCCGGACAACACACUGGAAAUUGAAUGCAUGUUGCGAUUUACGUCCAACAGAACUUACAUCUUAAUUAGCGUUGGUCCGUUGGUGCGUACGUGUGAAGCGUACAUCUUUUCAAAGGAAAACAAGGUUGCAUUUUAUCUCAGGACCACGCUAGAAUCAGAAUAUUAUCAUGCACCGUACUCAUUGUACUAUUUCUUGCUGGGGCGUCCUGAACUAGCGGCAACGGACCGUGUUUACAGUCAGAAACUCUUCAUACUGGAUGACAUCUUCGAUGAAGAAGACCAGUGUUGGAAUCCAGCCGUCAAGAGAGAGAGGAGCCUCGAGCCAGAUUCCGAUUUGCCAGAUGUAACAUUUGAAAAAGUAAAACCCCUUGGCACAAUCUGGUCUUGUUUAUUCGGCUUAGUAUCAGGCGCUGAUAGUUAUCAAUUGGUGAUCACGUUUCAACUGAAGAGAUUUGAUUGGUUCGUUUACAAGGAAAUUAGGGUCACGCGAGCAACAAAUACCAGCGUACCUGUUACUGUCUGCACCGCGUCCAUCAGCAGUCAGGAACCCGAUAGAUGUAAAGCCGCCAAAUUCAUCGUCUCCGAUUGCUUCUGUGGUUUUGAGUUUCAGAACAACGUAACGCUCUUAAAGAUCAACAUAAUCAGGGCCGUAGACAUCACCGACCAGUUUUACAUGUACACCGUCUCCUAUUAUCAUAUGGAGUUUGAUAUGGACUUUCUACAGCCUAAACAAAAAAUUAUUGGGGCGUGGCGUCUCCAGUCAUUGAUCUUCGAUACUAAAAGCGCAUGUUUAGGAUACGGUUUAGCUCAUCAGUCUAUAUGGUCAGGUGCUGCGAAAGAAAACCUUUUUAACGUACGACAUAAAGAAUCGUUACUUGUCCUGUGUCUUCAUACUUUCGUGACUAUGGUGAUAGCGUCAGGAGUCUUGUAGCAACCUAUUUUCAAUGUAACAAAAGAAGAUGCUUUGGUUACGUGUUUUCAAAUAAAGUGUAAUCAAAAAAUA